GACGAAUGCCAGAGUCAACUCGCCAGGCGACCACGAUUCGGGACUCUUCCACCUGACCACAAACACCCUCCCCGACACUUAUCACGGCGAUUGCUGAGGCCAUGUACUAAUGACCCGGGAUCCAUGGAUGCGAGCCUGGACAUGCGUGGAUCUCUCACUGAUCCCCUCUCCACCUCCAUCCCCCGCCUUCGCGUCUACGACAGCUCCCUUCACCUCCCGCAGCGGCCGCAGGCUUCUGCACAACCCGCCACCUCUUCUCCACCAUGAUGGCCUCCAAUAUACUCUCGAGGCUCCUGCCUUCUGCCUCCGAUGAACACUCCAACUACGACCAUCGACACCGACGCAACCCCUCCGACCCCUCUGAUAUCGAAGACGGACUUAGUAUGGACAUUGACGAAGAGAAUCUUGGAGAACGGUUUCAGGAGCAGGACCUAGACCACCUGUUGGCCGACGCCACGAGCAGUCAUAUCACAACUGAGAGCACCGCCUUCCUCAACAAAGAACGAAGGACGAGCGGACCGCACGCAGGUUCUAGGGCGAAUCCUGGACGGGGGCCGUCUGCUACACGGAGAGGAGCACACUCCGAUGACGACGACGAUGUUCCGGAGUCCCUGCUUCUUGAAGGGGCGGAUGAGCCUCCACGCCAAAGCAUUCCAGCAAACCGCCGACCUGAUCCCUACCUCCCUCCUCCUGUGCCAGGACUUGCUAGUCGUCAGGCUAGAACACAGUGGGAGACUGCCCAAGCACAACAACGGCUUCAUAACGAUGAUCGACACUUACCACGCGCCGCUAGGGGCCCUCUUCCAGCGGGUGCUGGUCAGCUUUCAAACGAUCCAAAAGAGAGAGCAAUGUGGAUGUGGGUCAACGUCCAGGACCUUGAUGACUUUCUCCGAAAGGUGUACCAUUACUAUCUUGGCCAUGGCAUUUGGUCGAUCCUUCUUUCUAGAGUUUUGGCGCUUCUUCAAUCUGCAUUUAUUACGGGAUUUCUAACGUUUCUUGUUUUCUGCAUCAACUUUCAGAAUCUCUCGAGUAGCAAAACCAUGGAAGAAGUCCUCGUGCCGAAAUGCACUCAGCAAAUCCACGGAUUUUGGAAACUCUUCAUUUAUAUAUUCAUCGUCACCUGGUUCGUUCAGCUCGCUGGCCUUCUAAGGGAAAUCCCUGCCUUGUGGAACAUGUACAAUUUCUACCAUUACCUGCUGGACGUCCCGGAUCGAAAUAUUCAGUCUGCUAGCUGGCAAUUGAUUGUCAGUCGCUUGAUGGCUCUUAGAGAUUCUAACUAUUCAACAGCACAGAAUAUAUCGCCUCGAGCCCGCAGGAUUCUUCAAGACAAGUCACGACAACGGAUGGAUGCUCAUGACAUUGCUAACCGGGUCAUGCGACGCGAUAACUACCUUAUCGCCAUAUUCAACAAGGACGUCAUGGAUCUAGGCGUUCAAAUACCUUUCUUGGGAACACGUCAAUUCUUCUCACGGACUACGGAAUGGCAUGUGGGACUCUCGGUGAUCGACUUUGCCUUUGGUCAGAACAACGAGAUAGACCCAAAGUUCCUCAAAGAAUCCAACCGGCGAGAGCUGGUUGACAAGCUGAAUGCAAGGUUUCGGACUACAGCUAUGAUAAGCGUAGUCUGUGCGCCGGUGGCUGUCCUGUUCUUCAUAGCGUCGUUACUUUUCAAAUAUUUCACAGAGUACCACAAAGACCCCUCUCAACUGGGGACCCGAAUGUUCACACCCUUAGCGCAGUGGAAAUUCCGCGAAUUCAAUGAGUUGCCGCACCAGUUUGAACGACGGGAAAAAAUGGCAUAUCCUUUUGCGGACCGAUACCUCGCCAUGUUUCCUAAGGAUAAGACGGAGCAACUUGCCGGUUUUGUGGCCUUCGUUGCUGGCGCAUUCGCCGCUGUUCUCGGCAUGAUCACGCUAUAUGACUCCGAGUUGUUCCUCGGAUUCGAGAUUACGCCUGGUAGAAACGUCAUUUUCUAUCUUGGAAUCUUCGGUGUCAUUUACGGGAUAGCACGAAGCAGCAGUAGGAAAGAUGAAUUAGUCGUCGACGCCGGCUACGCAAUAAAGCAGGUCAUCGAGUACACCCGCUACGAGCCAGCUUCCUGGAAAGGCCGACUUAAUACCGACGAAGUUCGCAAUGAGUUCUCUUCGCUUUAUCAACUCAAAGUCGUCAUCUUCAUUGAAGAGCUUUUGAGCAUACUCAUCACGCCUUAUAUCCUCGCCUUCAAACUGACAAAUAGCACUGAGCGCAUCGUCGACUUUUUCCGCGAAUUUACCGUCCAUGUAGAUGGCCUGGGCUCUGUCUGCUCCUUCGCCGUUUUCGACUUCAAACGCGGCGGAGAGAACAAUCACGCAAAUGAUCGCGAAGACUCCGGGCUACGGGAAGACUACUAUACAACCAAAGAUAACAAGAUGCUCGCGUCUUAUUACGGAUUCCUAGACAACUAUGCACCAGCCGGCCGCGGCCACAACGCCAGACGUCUGCAAAACCGACGGAACUUCCACCCUCCCCCAGUCUUCCCCAGCGCUCUCGCCGGCGCUUCCACACAGGCCCCGCCGCCUGAAAUGGCAGCCCGCUCCACAAGUAGAGGCACCACAGGCCGUCAAUCUACCCAGCGCCGCACCUCGAGAAACAUACCCGCGCCCGGCCGCGCAUCACCCAUGAACUCCAUCCUCUUAGACCCCCACCACCAGCCCCGCAACUCCCCACUCCAAAAGGCGCAAGCAAAAUACCGCAACCCCCUCACCGGUCUCGAAGACCCCGACGAGCUCGACGAAGCCGACCUCCCUACGCGGAACUCGAGCCGCAUCAUGGAGGAAGAUAGCAGCUUUGGAGAUUCGUGGAAAACGACGAAGCUCGCACAGGCGGAUGAUGAGGCGGAAGCGGAGGCGCAGGAGGAGGCGAGAAAGGGGGGACAGGGUGGCGUUCUGGGCAUUUUGGCGCAGUUUGGGGGUGCACAUACACAGGGAAGGGGCGCCGGGGUUGGGAUUUGAGGGGUUGAGCUCUUCGUUCUCUUAGGAUUACAGCACGGGAAGGGCGUUUUGUCGUCGCAUAGGGAUCUCUGAGAUAUCAUGGGUUUGGGUGUGGAUAUAUAGGGGAUAGGUAGCAACAAUAUUACAUAGGACGCGAAUAUAGUCU